UAGAUAUGGUACCUGUAUGUACUGUUUGUUUACACAACUAGUGCCUGAUUCAGUGUCUUUAGUAGCUAAGUUUAGUAGGUCCCUGGGUUUUGCUUGCAAUAAAUAUUUUAAUUUAAAUUGAAAGUGAUGCCUCACUGUGCGGCAAUACGUUGCACGCAUAAAUCCAGUGCAAAAAGCAAGGCUCAAUUAGAGAUUGAAAAACGAACCAAGAUUUCAUGCCAUCGUUUUCUAAAGAAGAUCGAUGAACGAAAGAUAUGGAUCAAUCGAAUGAGGUUGACAGAGGCAUCUUUACACAAAUAUCCAUAUUUAUGUUCGUGUCACUUUUCAAGUGAUUCAUUUGAUCGUACUUUAGUAUGCAAAAUAAGGCUAAAAGAUUUCGCUGUUCCAUCCAUACACAAUGUUCAAGACGUUUCUAAUGCUGCUGCAUUUGACAAUGAUGUGGUUGACAAUGUGGUUGUCAAUAUGGUUGCCAAAGAAAAAACAAAAAUUAAGCACUUUGGAAAACUGAAAAACUGAAACUGAAACUAGAAAAGGAUACGUUUGAAGAAACAAUUGAAUGUAAGCACUCCAGAGGAAAUGAAACUUUUACAGUACAUGA